UGGCCUGAAUAUUUCAUGGCAGUUGCAUUCCUGUCAGCUCAAAGAAGCAAGGAUCCUAACUCACAGGUUGGUGCUUGCAUCGUGAAUCAGGAGAACAAGAUAGUGGGCAUCGGCUAUAACGGAAUGCCUAACGGCUGCGACGACGACCUCCUGCCCUGGUCGCGGUCCGCUAACGAUAAGCUGGACACCAAAUAUCCCUAUGUUUGUCACGCUGAGCUGAACGCCAUCAUGAAUAAGAACUCUGCAGACGUGAAAGGCUGUACCAUGUACGUGGCUUUGUUUCCAUGUAACGAAUGUGCCAAACUCAUCAUUCAGGCAGGUAUAAAGGAUGUGAUUUACUUGUCAGACAAGUACCACGACUCUCCAGAAAUGACUGCCUCCAGACGGCUUCUUAACUUGGCGGGAAUCAAAUACAAGUGA